AAAAGCAUGGCCCAGGGCCCCGGCGGACAAGGAACGAUCUCAAGACUUCUUGACGACCAAAACCAAAACCAAAUGUACACAAAAUGGUAUUACAGAGCUCUUUGGCGAUUGAUCUGCGUCUCACGUUAAGCGAAGGGCCAUAGAGAAAAUGACGAGGUUGGUCAAGCUCUUCACUCGGAAUUACAGAGCUCUGCGAGACGGAGAAUUGCUUCGAGCUUUGCAGUCGGAAAUCAAAUACGAGGAAUCUACGAAACCGUUCCAGGGGCAUCGAGCAGGUUCUUUGGGGGAUUUUGUUUUGGAUUGGGACAACCCUCAAACCAAAGAUGUGGUUUUGAGAAGAAGAUUUGAUUCCGGAGAAGAGAUUGCUAUUUCAGCUUUGCUGGGUCCUGAAGCUGUUGUAGGAGAGGGUUUCUUGCCCAGGCAAGUUUUGAUGAAGAUAUGCAUAAAAAAGCCAGGCCUGAGCCCUAUUUUGCAGUUUGAUUGUGGUAUUUCUAAUAGUGGCGGUAAUGGAUCUGAGUUUGCCAUUCAUAAUGCUUACUAUCGCCGAUCAUUGAGCUGUUCAGGAGCUUCAGAAUAUAAAGGCUCCUCAUAUGGGUUAAGUUUUCAACUUAUCAGCUCCUUCCAUUACGCCUCAUUAAGAUGAUAUUCUAGAUUUUUAAUUAUUAGUUUUGUUGGUGAUGUAUUUGCGGUGAUUUCUUUGGUUUACAUGGAUGCUUUACUUGGUUCUUUUCUCUGCGACAAGUAAACAAAAGAAGUGUGGCUGGUAUGGCUUUAAUAGAAUAGACUGGUGAACCUUGUUUUAAAGUGCAGAGCCAGGAUUGGAUUCCAACCCUAUCCUUUGUUGAAAUGAAGGUAGGUCAGCCAAGUCAGCCCAAACCUUCAACUUCAAGUAUGGGUUUCAUAUCGGCUGUAUUGGCCACCGAGGAUCCCAAUAUGGAUUGGCUGAUUUGAUACUUAUACUUGAAACUUCAAGUAUGGGUUUCUUAUCGGCUGUAUUGGCCACUGUGAUCACAAUAUGGAUUGGCUGAUUUGAUACUUAUACUUGAAACUAUGGGCAGAACAGGAUUUAUCUAGAUGACCUCAAGUUCUUAAGGCUUAAUUAAUUUGAAAAGCAUAAAGGGGAACCUCUAUAUGGGAAACAUAAAGUCGGACUUCUGGUUCUGAACUUUUGUUGUCCUCUAAACUUGGACAACUAUUGUCAUAGACAUAAGAUUUACUCGCCUUGGAUCUAGUAGUUCUCGGCAGACAAUGUUCACUUCACAUCCUAUGUGAAAAUUUCUUUACCAUUAGAUCCUUUUCCUUUUGUUGUCAUCAUCAUCAAUACUGUUGUAGUGUUAUUUAUGAAUUUUAUUUUUUAUUUUUAAAAUUUAAAUCAUAUGGGUAUGCCUUGUUUGCUUGAACUUCCAUAUGAUGGUUAAUGUAUUCACCUCUGAAUUUAUGGGUGAUCUGACCACUGGAUUGAACAGUAUCUAAUUUUCUCUUAUUUGUUGUAACAGGCCAAAUUUAUUCCUAAAAGAUUCUGCUUAUAAUGAUAGCUUUUGCUUCUUCAUUCUUUCUAGAACCUUGAACUGCAAUGUACCCACUAAUCAAACUCCAUUUUCAACACGUAUUAAUUUGUCUUAUAUAGUAGAGGGACGAGUAUUGUCAUUUUGGUUAUGGAUGGUUGUUCGUGUCUUUAAACACAGGUUUAUUAAUUGUAGAUUUACUUAAACUUUUUGUGGUGGCUAAAAAAAUGAUGUCAUUAUAGGGGGUGUGAAUGCAAAGAAAUUGGAGGUAGAUGCUUUGGACUCAAAAUGAUGUAGGGGAUUUCUUAGAAGACUAGGGUCCCUAUAAAAGUGACUCAAUUAAGGUAAGACAAACCUAAGGGGGGGUCUUGGGAUUAGGUUGGAAUUUAGGUAUGCUCAACAAAACAAGAUUCACAUGCAAUAAAUAAAGACAAAUCAAUAUGUAGCCAGGAGCAACAUCAAUCUAAGCGGAAAACCACAUAAUAACUUACUAAAGCUUCAAGUGGGGACAUGGGGAAGGGAAUAAACGUCAUGCGAAUGUUAGGUUCAGCACAAAUCAAUCUAGACACCAAACAAGAUAUGCAAACAAUCAAUGUCCUCUAGCAGCCAACUAAAAUAGAAACUCAGCAAGGGUUUUAGAGGUAUAACAGUGAAGAAAAGACUUAAAACAGUAGGUAAAUUAGGCAUAAACGAGGGGGCAAGGGUUGGUUUCAAUGCUAAUGGGCUGCAACAUAUAACAGGGAUCAAUGGAGGUGGAGGGGUUUAGUUUGAUUACUUAUCUUAUUGCUGUCUUGGUCUGAGGAGAAAAGAAGAGGCCGAAGUCUUCCAAAAAAACAGAGGUGCAACCCACCUUAUUUGGCGAAAGAGAAAAGUCCAGCUCGAUGGUGUAGUGUUCAGCAGCAGCCCAGUUAGUGAUGAGGAUACCAGCAGCAACCCAGGUGGGGUCUAUUCGAUGGAGGAGACCUUCAAUUACUGUGAACAAAGGUUGCAACAGUGCAGCAACAAUAGAGAAACAGAACAGCAAAAGAGGGAGAUGAAAGUCGAGAACAGAGAGAGAAAGUCGAGAAAGGGAGGGAAGAUCGAGACAGAGAGAGAAAAAGAGAGAGACGAGAUUGAGGAAGAGAGGGAAAUCGUGGGGGGAUUGGGGCUGUUCUUUUUGUUUUCAUCAAUCUUCAUUCAUUCAUUCAUUCAUUCUUUGAACUGUGGCCUAGGCCACUACAUAAAUAUUAACUUAGUUACUAAAAAUAAAAAGAGCUAAUUGGCAAGUAAAUAAAGACUUCCUAAAAACUAACAACUAAUAAAGUAGUUUCCUAAUUAAUUAAAAGACUAACAAGGAAAAGAAUAUU